UCUCGCGUCUUUUCCCGCCCGCUGCGGGCCUCUCUGGCCGGUGAUUUGCCCGGGCGGCUCCGUGCGCUCGGCCAACGGUCUCUGAUAGCGCCCACCCGAGCGCCCCGGGAGCCGGCGGGCGGCGGUCCUCGCCAGGGACCUUCAGCGGGCCCAGGGGGACAAAAGUGGCUCUAAAUCCAGCACAUGCAUAUUGCAGCAAGUUAAAGGAUUUAAUAUGAAGCACAGAAACAGAUAAUGCCAAAAAGCAAGCAGUAGUUGGUACACUUUUCUGGAAAAGCAGUUUCCGUGUUGUUAUGUACACCUCCAAAAAAAUUCAGAUCUUUAGGGGAAUUGUUGUGUAAAGUAAACUGAACUACAGGGAGGCAGUACUUUAAUAGCUAUUAUAAACGUGUAUUUACUGUAUUAAAAAUGAGUAAACGAACAAGCAAUGACACAUCACUAGGAAGAGUGAGUGGGGCAGCAUUUCCUUCUCCCAGUGCUGCUGAGAUGGCGGAAAUUAGUCGAAUUCAGUAUGAAAUGGAAUACACCGAAGGUAUUAGUCAGCGAAUGAGGGUCCCGGAAAAAUUAAAGGUAGCACCACCAAAUGCUGACCUGGAACAAGGAUUCCAAGAAGGAGUUUCAAAUGCUAGUGUGAUUAUGCAGGUUCCAGAGAGAAUUGUUGUAGCAGGAAAUAAUGAAGACAUUCCAUUUUCAAGGCCAGCAGAUCUUGACCUUAUACAGUCAACUCCCUUCAAACCUCUGGCACUAAAAACACCACCUCGUGUACUUACGCUAAGUGAAAGACCACUAGAUUUUCUGGAUUUAGAAAAACCUCCUCCAGCCCCUCAAAAUGAAGAAAUCCGUGCAGUUGGCAGGCUAAAAAGAGAACGCUCUAUGAGUGAAAAUGCUGUUCGCCAAAAUGGACAGCUGGUCAGGACUGACUCCAUGUGGCACAGAUCAGAUUCUGCUCCAAGAAAUAAAAUUUCAAGGUUCCAGGCACCGAUUUCUGCACCGGAGUACACUGUGACACCAUCGCCACAACAGGUUCGGGUUUGUCCUCCCCGUAUGCUACCUGAAGAUGGAGCUAAUCCUUCCUCCGCUCGUGGCAUUUUGUCGCUUAUCCAGUCUUCCACUCGUAGGGCUUGCCAGCAGAUCCUGGAUGUGCUGGAUGAAAGCCGCAGUGUGAGAAGACAAAAUGAAAUACGUUGUGAAAGACCUGUGUUGCGUGGUGGGUCUGCUGCCGCCACCUCUAACCCUCAUCAUGACAACGCCAGGUAUGGCAUUUCACAUAUAGAUACAACGAUUGAAGGAACCUCAGAUGACAUGACUGUUGUAGAUGCAGCUUCAUUAAGACGACAGAUAAUCAAACUAAAUAGACGUCUACAACUUCUGGAAGAGGAGAACAAAGAACGUGCUAAAAGAGAAAUGGUCAUGUAUUCAAUUACUGUAGCAUUCUGGCUGCUUAAUAGCUGGCUCUGGUUUCGCCGCUAGAGGAAUACUUGUUGAAGCAUUUGCUGGUUAUCGACACUCUGAGGGAUAAUUUUAUGAAAAUAUAUUUGCAAGAGAGCUUUCCUUCUUUUCCUGCAUGAAUGUCUGUUAUCCAGCUUCUUGAUCAUAUUUGACACUGAAAUUGAACUUCUUCUGGCCUCAAGUUUGGAAAAAUGUAACUACCGUAACUUGUUCUUUUACUUACAAUGUAUUAUCGUGUCAGUAAGUAGAGAGUCGUGUGUGCACAGCACUGACCUCAGUAGUAAGCGGUUAUAGCAGAUGUACCACAAGCCCUGCUCUUAAGGAAUUGACAGGUUAAUGGAGGAGGAGGGAAAUAAGGCUUAUUAAAGAAGUAGAGGAUUAUAAAAAUAAUUUUUUGAAGUAGAAGGAAUUUGAGAUAUAUGCCCAAGAACAGGGAGAGAGUGUUUCAGAUGGUGGAUGCAGUAAAAAAAUAAAAGUAUAAAGAUUCCAAAGUGAGAUUGAACAUGGGAAUGGAAGUGAGAAAUAAAAAACAAUGAGCUUUGUAGCUGACUAGGUGCAUGUUGUAUGUGUGUGGGGGGGGGGGGCGUGUAUAGAUGUGCAUUUGUAAGUUUAGGUUCCAGGGUGGAGAUGGCAUGUCCCCAAAAGCCACCUCACCACAAGUGGCCUGUCGGCUUUAGGCAUUUAAUCAAGGCUGCAGUUUCCACAGGACCAAAAUUGCAAAGAACUAACUUGCCAGCUAUUUCAGCUGACUGCGCUACUGCCAACCAUCCUUUCUUUUGCCCUCUGAAAUGAGAGGCUCACGUCUCUGUUCAUGACCCUGUAGAAAACUGGGGUCAUCUCUCACCCAUUUCCAGGCUAAUGAAGAUUAUAUGCACUGUCAUUGACUUGUUCAGUCAAAUACAGUGAGCUGUCGUGUUUAUUUUACUUGUGUUUUAAUUUUGUGGCUCUUGGCAGUUUGACAUUCAUUUAGUAAGUGUUGAGUCUUGGCUAAAACCUGAGUACUAAAGAUAGGAUUAAUUCAUUCAACAAAAUAUUCGUAGUGGCCCUACUUUGUAUCGGGCACGGUACUUGGUACUGACUCUCCUGGGAGUGAAUAAAAGAAAAAUAUCCCUGUACCCAUGCAGCUUAUGCUCUUAUGGGGGAGAGUGAAAUUUAAGAAACAAGUACACAUUAAAAUGCUAUUGCCAUUGUGAUCAGUACUGUAAGUCAGCAGUCCCCAACCUUUUUGGCACCAGGGACCGGUUUCGUGGAAGACGUUUUUUCCACGGGGUAGUGGGGGAUUGUUCAGGUGGAAAUGAGAGCGGCGGGGAGCGGCGGAUGCUGAAGCUCCGCUCGCGCACCCACUGCCCUCCUUCUGUGUGGCCCGGGUCCUAACAGGCCGAGGACCGCUACCGGUCCACAGCCCAGGGGUUGGGGACCCCUGCUGUAAAUGAAAGAACGCUAAAGGAGAGAGUAAAGGGAAGCCUGCCUUCCAUUAGGCUGUUAGGGAAAGCCUCUCAGAAAAAGUGAUACUUGUGCUGAAGUCUGAAAGAUGAAGAGGAUUUAGCCAGAGCUUAGACAGGUGGGAGUGGGAGGUGGGAGCUGGGCAGAGAAGAGGCCUUGCUGAGGACCUGAAGAAGGAAAGAGCUAAUGAAUAAAUGGAUGAGAAGGACAUGGUCCCUGUUCUCUUAAAUUGUCUUAAAGUGAUGGAUUUAUAAACAAAAAUAUUUACAUUACGUUGUGACAGGUAUGAUAAUCGUGGUUUGGGUAAGUGCUAACUUAGUUUGUUGAAAUCAUGCACUCUGGGAAGGCUUUCUCAAGUAGUAGAUUUUUAAGCUAGACCAUAAGGAUAAAUAGGUAUUUAUAGGAGUAUAGGAAGAUGGUCUUUAUACAGUAAAUGGGUUCAGAAUAAAAUGCCUAUAAGUUCUUGAUGUUACUGAUUGGGGGGAGGGGGACAGCUAUAUAAUAUAUGUAUUGUAAAUUAUUUCUAAAAUCUUAAGCCCAGUGAAUAUAAAUAAUUGAAAUAAAAAGCAGGAAUGAUCAUAUUCAGAAAAUUGUAGAUUUUGAGUUUUGUCUAUUUUAUAACGUUUUAAUAUGGUAAAUACGCUGUUUCGUUAUCCUGUCUUAAAGUUUGGCAUAUAUAUAAGCCAGAUUUCGAAAGACUGAUUUUUUUUUUCCUAGGUAUUUAUUGUUUUUUAAUUAUUGCGAAAAAUGCGAACAUAGGAAAAUUGAAGAGUGUAAUGAAUUGCCAUAUGCCUAUCACCUAAAUGUAACAUUUUUCAGUUGCUUCAUUUUUUAACUGAAACGUCUUAAAAACAUGACAUUUUCCCCCAAACACAUAAAUAUGCAUUUCUGAAAAAUAAGGACAUUUUCCUACAUAACCAUAAAACCAUCAUCAGGCAUAAAUAAACUAACAGUAAGCCCUUAAUAUUACCUAAACCAGUCCUUGUGCAGGUUCCCCCAGUUAUCCCCAACGAGGUUCACGUAAUCUGUUUGGUUGAAUCAUGUCUGUCUCUUUGCUCUCUUCACCUAGAAUAGUUCCCUCCACCCAUCCAACCUCUUGUUUUUCUUAUACUACAUUUUCUUGUUGAAAGCAGGGGACUAUUGUCUGUUUACUGUCCCACCUUUUGAAUUUGUCUGAAUAAUGUCCUCUUUCCCUGGAUUUUCUGUAAGCUGAAUUAGGUCUAAAAACUUGAUUGUAUUUAGAUUACUCUUCACACUUGAAUAACUCAGGGGUUAGGGGCGCCAGCUUUCCACGCAGUCAGAAAUCCACAUGUAACUUUUGGUUGGGCCUCCAUAUGCUCGGUUUCUCUGUAUCCAGGACUCUGCACCCACAGAUUCAACCAACUGCAGAUCAUGUAGUACUCUAGUAUUUAUUUACUCUUGGAAGAAAUCUGCAUUAUAAGUGGACCUGCACAGUUCAAACCCGUGUUGUUCAAGGGUCAACUGUAUAUAUUUAACUUUUUUGAAGUAUAAAGAAAUGCAAUAAAAAGGUCCCAUACUUUGGCUUCCAGUAUAACUGCUGUUCCUGCUUACCCUCCUCCCUCCCUCCCUUCCUUUCUCCACAUACGAGAACAUAGUUAGAAAAUCCGAAUAGUACAGAAAGACACAAAACAAAUUGACAGCUUCUCUCCACUUUUCCCCAAAGUCAACCACUGAUGAUAUUUUUCUUUCCAUAUGAAAAUGUGCAUUUACCAACAUGCUUCAGUGUGGCAGCUUGACUUGUUUUUUAAGUACAUCAAAGGUGACUUUAAAAACAACCUUUGGAUUAAACUGACUCAUCCACA